AUGGAGAUCGCCUUGGUCACCUGAAGAAACGGCACCACGGCCAUCGAAAAGGAAGAGAACCGGUUGGGGGGAGCAGCGGUCCAAGCGGAGGAAGGGCUCUUGCGUCCCCCCCGGGGGCAGCUCAACGACGGAGCCAAGGAAGGGUUGCCGAGGAAGUCCGGACGCAGCGGUGGUGGGAGAGGAAGAGGGCCAGGGUGGGCGUCCUUACACCUCCCCGAGUCAGUGCGACAGCAACCUCUUGGACAGGGAGAAGAAGGAGAGACAAGCUCCACCCUGGGCAUGUCGGAGGGUGAAGGUUUAGGGUCAUCUGCCCUACAUCAUCAGCGUGUCCUCAUCAACAUCUCGGGCCUGCGUUUCGAGACUCAGCUGGGCACCCUGGCUCAAUUCCCGGACACUCUCUUGGGGGACCCGGCCAAGCGUCUGCAUUACUUUGACCCCCUGCGCAAUGAAUACUUCUUCGAUCGCAACCGACCCAGCUUCGACGGCAUCCUCUACUACUAUCAGUCCGGGGGCCGGCUGCGGAGGCCAGUCAACGUCUCCUUGGACGUGUUUGCUGAUGAGAUCCGCUUCUACCAACUAGGGGAUGAGGCCAUGGAACGGUUCAGGGAGGAUGAGGGCUUCAUCAAAGAAGAGGAGAAGCCCCUGCCUCGGAAUGAGUUCCAGAGACAGGUCUGGCUCAUCUUUGAGUACCCAGAGAGUUCUGGCUCCGCCCGGGGCAUCGCCAUUGUCUCAGUUUUGGUCAUCCUCAUCUCCAUUAUCACCUUCUGUCUUGAGACUCUACCUGAGUUUCGGGAUGAACGGGAGCUCCUUCGCCAAGCCCAGCUGCACCAACAUCAUCCAAUUCACCCGCAGAGUACUAAUGCCAGCCGAGGUGGCAGUCGGGACCUGCAUCUUCUGCCUCAGGGGCCCACAGUAGCCCCUAUGGUGCCGAGGACCCUGGCAGACCCAUUCUUCAUUGUGGAGACCACGUGUGUAGUGUGGUUCACCUUUGAGCUUCUGGUACGCUUCUUUGCUUGCCCUAGCAAAGCAGAAUUCUCCCGCAACAUCAUGAACAUCAUUGACGUGGUCGCGAUCUUUCCUUACUUUAUUACCUUGGGCACAGAACUUGCAGAGCAACAGCCGGGGGGCGUAGGAGGAAGCAGCAGCUCCAAUGGACAGCAGGCCAUGUCCUUGGCCAUCCUGCGGGUCAUCCGCCUGGUCAGGGUCUUCCGUAUGCUUCAAACUUUCCGCCAUUCCAAAGGCCUACAAAUCCUGGGCAAGACCUUGCAGGCCUCCAUGCGGGAGCUGGGGCUCCUCAUCUUCUUCCUCUUCAUUGGAGUCAUCCUCUUCUCCAGUGCUGUCUACUUUGCAGAGGCAGACAACAAUGAAACCCACUUCUCCAGCAUCCCAGAUGCCUUCUGGUGGGCAGUGGUCACCAUGACUACAGUGGGCUAUGGAGACAUGAGACCAGUGACGGUAGGGGGCAAGAUUGUGGGAUCUUUGUGUGCCAUUGCAGGUGUCCUCACCAUAGCUCUGCCUGUGCCUGUCAUUGUCUCCAACUUCAAUUACUUCUAUCAUCGGGAGACAGACAAUGAAGAAAGGGCAGCCCUCAAGGAAGAACCAACCAGCACCAUAGGCCAGGGCUCAGUACAGGACAGUGUGAAUCAGCUGAAGUCUAGUGGGAGCAAAGGGUCCUUUACUAAAACCCUAGAAAACAUGGAAGGGGCCCACAGAGGAAGCUGCCCCCUGGAAAAAUGUAAUCUGAAAGCCAAAAGCAAUGUAGACAUAAGGAAAUCCCUCUAUGCCCUUUGCCUGGAUACAAGCCAGGAGACAGAUCUGUAGAGGAGAUGAAGACAGCCAGGUGGGGAUCUAAAAGGGGGAAGCAGAAUGAGGGGACUUGAUAGUGGAAAUCUAUUCCAUCCCACUGAGUAUUCCAAGACUAUUCUCCAACCUGAUUUUCCCCUCAUUCCUUCUCCCCUUCUUUCCCCUUUUCUUUUUUUCCGUGACACCAAAGGGUCACUUAUUUUUAAAAAGCACUACAUUCCAUGACGCAGGAAACUGCUGAAAUGGUGAGUGCAGUAAGAUGUAUGUAUUUGCAGUCCUGGUCGGUCACUUUUAGCCAUUAGUGGGAAAACCCAGAGAAGAACCUUUGGAAAAAACCCAACAACUAACGAGCUUAAAAGCAAGGGUUUUUAUAAACCCCAGAUACAGUUGCAAGUUUGAGUAUAUUUAUUUGAGCAUAGAGGGGAAAAUGUUAUUCUUUUGUGGCAGGUGAAAGGAACUUUUAUACCAUAGUUCAGGUAUUUCUGACAUAUUUUUUUUCUUUCUAUAUAAAUAUAUGUUGUGCUUAUGGAUGGAAAAAGUUUGUACUGCUUUUCUGGGAACCACUAUUUCACCAGCACCUUCCUUAUACAGACACUUGUUUCUCAGUAUAAGUCUGUCCUAAUUCUCAUGUCCACAACCCUGUGUAUCUCUGGAUGUGAUGUAAACUCAAUGAUUUAGCUCUAAAACAGAGACACUUUCUGGAAAGAAAGGCAAGUCUGUGUGUGUGUGUGUGUGUGUGUGUGUGUGUGUGUGUGCCUUAAGUAAUUGGUGUGAUUUUCUUUCCACACAUUUUAAUGAAGUUGGAGGAAGAUUUCUUAGAAUUCCUUCCUUUUAUUUUUAUCCUCGGAAAUAAAACAUUACCUUAUUGAGGGCAGUGUUUGUUUUUCUACAGUUGAUCAAUUUUUGUGAUUAAAAAAAUUCUCUUUGUCUUUCUGGUUUUGGAGUCAGAGAAAAGACCUUGUGUAGUUUAGAAAGCUAAUAUGUGAGGUACAAUAAUAUUCUUUGAUUUGUUCAGAAUGUGUUUAUUAAAGAUAUCACUUUAACAAGCUUUUUUGCCAAGGCACCUGUGCUUCUUGGACCCAACGUCUACUAGGCAAUAUGGAUCCAGUGAAAAAACAACAGGGGAAUAGACCCCCACAGUCUCCUGGGAGUUCUGCACUCCCCCCCCCCCCCCCACCGAGGUUGAACUCUGCUUAACAGCACUGAACAGCUCUGAGGACCAAGACAGACUUUUCUCAGACAAUGAAGUCUGUUCAACAGGAGCUUUAUCCCAUCAUGGAGUCACCAAGAGACCUGUGUUUGAUGGCGUAUACCCCCUUUGGUAUGCGGGAAAGCUGUUUGUUGCUUUUACCAUGUACAAUGGCUGCAGGGGAAUCUGGGGGAUUUGCUCAUUCACAUUAAAUGUUGAU